UAUCUGCUACACCAUGUGGCAAUAAAUCCGAACGUAUGACGUGGUUCAUGUACACUCACAUUUAUUUAAUGAAACACUGAUAUGAAAAUUUAAUUCUUUCGCAAGAUACGAUUCGAGUUCAGUUGGCGCCGUUGCCUAGUGGAAGAGCGAGCGCGUGGUUCUCGUACAUACGGCAUUUUUAACCUGCGAAGCAGAUCGGUGGACACGAGUUUUUUUAAAUUAUUGGUAACACUCUGCUUGGAGGGACAAGAAAAACUAGAAAAUUAUCGAGUGUUGCGUUAUAAAUUAUCUUUUGAGCGACACGUGGGAAGUGUUGAAGAACUGAAGUUUUUUAGUUGAUGGUAUUCGUACGUUGUUAGUGGAUAUGGCUCUAAACGCCACUUUUAAGGCCAUCAAGCCGAAUAGAUUAAUCACCACUGGUUGUCGACGACUUGCCACGGGAGUAUGUGACACGUGUGUCGACGUUCAAGACGAAAUGCCCGCAGUAGAGUGGAAUAAAUAUCAUCUGGGGCCACGGACGCAUUACGGAGGACGGUACACGGCGACCCUUUUGCCGGGAAUGGGUAUCGGUCCCGAGCUCAUGGGAUACGUCAAAGAGAUAUUCAGACACAUCGGCGCCCCGAUAGACUUCGAGGAGAUAAACAUGGACAUGAUAAGCCACAACAGCGGCGACUUGUACCACGCCGUGACAUCCGUCAUUCGAAACGGCAUAGCCCUCAAGAGCAACAUAAGCCCGUGCAAUUCCUGCCAAGUAGAUAACUACUCGCCAACAGACAACCACGACGACGCGCUAUCGACGACCAACGCAAAGCUCCGAAAGCGCCUCGACCUCUUCGUCAACACGGUCCAUUGUAAAUCAUUUCCCGGGUUGCCGCAGCGCCACGAGCACGUGGACGUCCUCGUGGUCCGGCAAAACACGGAAGGCGAGUACGCCAUGCACGAGCACGAGAACGUCAAAGGGGUCGUCGAGAGUAUGAAGGUCGUCACGCGCGUCAAUGCCGAGAGAGUCAUCCGCUACGCUUUCGAAAGCGCUGUGCUGCACAAGAGGAAGAAGGUGACCACGGUGCACAAAGCCAACAUAAUGAAGUUGUCGGACGGCUUGUUCCUCGACAUAUCGCGGGAGAUCGCCAGGGAUUACCCCAGCAUCGUCCACGACGACAUGAUAGUGGACGCGGCCUGUAUGCGCCUCAUCUCCAAUCCGAGACAAUUUGACGUCAUCCUGACGACGAAUCUCUACGGGUCCAUCGUUUCCAACAUAUUGUGCGCGAUGGUGGGUGGAGCUGGCCUCGUGUCGGGAAAAAACGUGGGCGAGUUCUGCACGAGCUUCGAGCCAGCUACGCGUAGCUCGGGCUUCGAAAUUGCCGGGUUGAAUUUGGCCAACCCCAUUGCCAUGCUCAACGCCGCGGCUGACAUGCUGGCCCAUUUGGGACAAGAAAGCCAUGCCCAACUCAUUCAACGUGGGAUCGAGGGUUGUAUCAGGGACAAGGUGUGGACCAAGGAUUUGGGUGGCACGGCAACGAGUAGGGAAGUUGUGGACUGCAUCUUGCGACACAUUGAUGUAGCUAUAGCUGAGAGCUAGAUGAUUCGUGAGCGUGCUUUUAGGUUUACUGUAAUUUUGGUUUUCAUUUUUAUUCUUGAUUCUUUUUUUUUUUUUUGUUUUUUUUUUGCCGAUGAGCAACCUUAGUUUUUUGUUGACACUGAAAGAACAGCUUGUGGCUCGAUAAGAAUCUUUUUUUUUUUCUUUAAUCGAUUGUUUAAAAUAUCCUGCUUGGAGGAAAUAUAUUGUGAUCAUGCUGAGCUGUAACAUUGAUCACCACCAUGGACCAUGAGCCAAUUAAUUCUCCUUGAGUGCAAAUUAAUAAUUUGUGCCUAAUGUAUUAUUUUACGUGAUUAUACUUGUGGAUAAUGAUAUUAAUUAAGAGUGUUUAUAAUGACUAGAUUGUGAAUGUUUUAAAAGAGGUUCUUUUUGUACAAAGCUAAACAAAAAUGCCAUUUUAUCUUUAUGCCACCCAACCAAGUUGAUUGAAUAAUUUUUGUACUCAGCACAAAAGCUAGGGAAAAGGCUACAGAUCUCGUGUUUUUUAUUUUUACCUGUAGCUCAGUAGAUAAUAUAUUUAUCACUUGAGAUCUGAAAUAUUGUAAUUUUAUACUUUUUAGAUGAAUUAAUUUCAUGCCACAAUAUAAUUGAUUAUGGUAUUUUAAAUCCUUGAUUAUUGUAUCAUUUUAAAUAUCUUACGUUGUUUGUAGGAUUUUAAAUUACUUUCAAUAUAUUUUUUUUAAUAGUGAAUUUUUUUUAACCGAAAUUUUUUUUAAGGGUCUUCAAAAAGUUGAAGACUACAUUUUUCUGAUUAUUGUUUAAAAUAUAUAAUUGUAACUGAUUUUUCAGACUGUUUUGUCAAAAAGUCUGGUUAUGAAGAAAGAUAAUGUUUUACCAUUAAAACUGUAAAAAAAUUUGUGUCUUCUCUGAAUAAAAACAUUCGAAUA